GAGGUGGAGGACGACGAGCCGGAUGACUGGGACAAGCGGAUCUUCAGCACUGGCUGCGCAAUCGAGCAGGAUAAAUUGAACGAUUGCUUUUUCAAUAGGAAAGAUUGGCGGAAGUGCCAGAAGCAGAUGGCGGCCUUCCGUGAGUGCUGGAAGCGCGAGGGCAACGACCAGCGCACGCAGACAAGGGAUUCUUAA